AUGGUGGAAGUCAUCCGCAAAGAUGCCCUGCUCAACACUCUGACAGGCCGUGCCAGGAACAUCAAGGCCCCGAAGCCAAAGCCGGAUGUAGAGAAGGAGCCGAAGAAGUUGAAGAAGAAAAAGAAUGCAGCAAAGGAGGAGAAAUCCAAGAAAAGCAAGAAGCGAGCUGCCGAUGACGAGGUGGAGGAGAAGCCCUCCAAGAAGAGAAGCAGGAAGUGA